AUGGACAGCGGCGCCGGCCCCCGGACCGCCGCCGCCAACUGCUCCGAUCCCUACACGCUCUCUGCAAGUUGCGCCCCAGCACCGAACCCCGGUUCCUGGGUCAACUUCUCCCACAUGGAUGGCAACCUGUCCGACCCGUGCGGUCCGAACCGCACGGCGCUGAGCGGGAGCGACAGCCUGUGCCCUCCGACCAGCAGCCCUUCCACGAUCACGGCCGUCACCAUCAUGGCCCUCUACUCCGUCGUGUGCGUGGUGGGUCUCUUCGGGAACUUCCUGGUCAUGUAUGUGAUUGUCAGAUACACCAAAAUGAAGACGGCCACCAACAUCUAUAUCUUUAACCUUGCUCUGGCAGAUGCCUUGGCGACCAGUACCCUGCCAUUCCAGAGUGUCAAUUACCUCAUGGGAACAUGGCCGUUUGGAACCGUCCUCUGCAAGAUCGUGAUCUCCAUAGACUACUAUAACAUGUUCACCAGCAUAUUCACGCUCUGUACCAUGAGUGUGGAUCGCUACAUCGCCGUCUGCCAUCCCGUCAAGGCCCUGGAUUUCCGUACUCCCCGCAAUGCCAAAAUCAUCAAUGUCUGCAACUGGAUCCUCUCUUCAGCCAUUGGUCUGCCUGUGAUGUUCAUGGCGACAACAAAGUACAGGCAUGGUUCCAUAGAUUGCACACUAACAUUCUCUCACCCAGCCUGGUACUGGGAGAACCUGCUGAAAAUCUGUGUGUUCAUCUUCGCCUUCAUCAUGCCUGUCCUCAUCAUUACGGUGUGCUACGGACUAAUGAUCUUACGCCUCAAGAGUGUCCGUAUGCUCUCUGGCUCCAAAGAAAAGGACAGGAAUCUUCGGAGAAUCACCAGGAUGGUGCUGGUGGUCGUAGCUGUGUUCAUCGUCUGCUGGACCCCCAUUCACAUUUACGUCAUCAUUAAAGCCUUGAUAACAAUCCCAGAAACUACUUUUCAGACCGUUUCCUGGCACUUCUGCAUUGCUCUAGGUUACACUAACAGCUGCCUGAACCCAGUCCUUUACGCAUUCCUGGACGAAAACUUCAAACGAUGCUUCAGAGAGUUCUGUAUCCCAACUUCCUCCACCAUUGAGCAGCAAAACUCCACUCGGAUUCGUCAGAACACUAGAGACCACCCCUCCACGGCCAACACAGUGGACAGGACUAACCAUCAGAUCAGAGAGCCAAUAUCAAACCUUCCCAGGGUGUCUGUAUUCUGA